AUGGAGGGAAACUCCAAGGGGCCGGAGAACCCUGAUAGUGCUCCCAUUAGACCGGUUUCCUCCCUAUUGUCCCACUUUGAGGGUCUUUCGCAUCGCAAAACAAAAUCGACAGUCGGGCCUCUUCCCCAUGAAUCCUCAAACCGUUUCCUAAGGACCCCCGAACCUGGCGAAGAGCCUCGGUCUUCAACCCGCGCUUCCUUGGACCUACCCCGGCCAGACUCGCACUGGAACACGCCUGGUGAUGAGAGGCUGGGUCGUCUCAACGACCAAUACCAAUCCAAUGGCCAGCCAUUUCGGCCUCGUGGAUCGCCUGGAAGUCAAAGCCAACAUGGCCGGCCCAUCUCUAUGAACUUCCAGCAUUCGUCAUCGUCGCAACUCCCGCCUACUUUGGCUGUUCAUGCUCCUCAAUCGCCACCACGCAGUCAGCAAAGAGAAAUUCGAUCGCCUAGUCAAGAUAAUAAUAGGAGUGCUCGGGGCUAUAUCCACCGCUCCAGGGAAUCUUUAUCUGCGGGUGUUUCCCCCGCCCCCGCUGGUCGACCGAUUACUCCGACAAAACUUGGAUCUUCUGUUCCGACGACAGAGACAAUGCAUAGACUGACACCUAGUUUAUCCACUGUGAAUGGACAUGGAAGUCCAUUGGAUCGGAAACUUAAAAGCGCCUCACUGCCACCACCGGCGAACCGGGCAGAGAAGCCCAAAAUUCCGGCAAAGCCCGCUAUGUUUUCCCACCCGGAUACAAACACUUUGGCUCCACAACCUGAGAAGGUAUCUUCCGAUGACCUUGUAUCACCAUUCAAUACUCCUCCGAGUAGCCCAGAAAAAAUUACAUCUAAGCCGUCCUCUGCUACGAAACCUGCACCACGACUCUCCCCUGCAAGGCCGUCAGCGGAACCUUAUACUCGCCGCUCGUUCGAUGGACGACUUCAGGGCCAAACUCUGAAUUCCAAAUAUGAUCCAAGGGAAGCGAACUUCGCCCGCUCUCGUCCGGUUCCCGAGCCCAGUCGAGCCACAAAGCCAUUGAUGGUUCAAAUUCCAUCCACGUCUUCUACCUACCUUGACCCCUCAACGGCUCCACCUCUGUCCGCACAAAGAGCUCGCGCUAGCGAUGUACCCUAUGAUCGACCUGGCCUUCCUCCCAGACCAACUUCUGCUCACCCAUAUCGAAGGGGGCCUUCGCCAUCACGAGGGUUUCCACAACCUGUGGCCAAGCCGGCCCAAGUGGCGCCAGUUCCUCGUGCUGCACCUUCUUAUCAUCAUAAUUCUGAACCCCAGACCCCGCGUAUCCCUCAACGUCAACCAUCUUUGCCUCGUGAAUCCUCGCUUCCAGAACGUCGAGUGGUGCGGACCGAUACCGAAGAAGAAGAAAUGAUGGCUGACGAGCCCGCAAUCUCACGGACUGAUUAUCCCGAUGCCUCGCAAGCAAAUCGACGACCUCCACUUCUCAAAACUGGCCCGAUAGAUAUCCCCACCAAAUACGACACUCGCUUGAUUGACGUGUGCGGCAAGUAUGUUUGCACCACUGGGUAUAUAACUCGUGUUUGGGAUCUCACUACCGGUGAGCAAGUCAUGAGUCUAAGUCAUGGAGAGACCGUGAAGUGCCUAUCAAUCGCUUUCAAGCCAGGAAACUCGCUUGAGGAGGAAGGUCAACGCUUUUGGGUCGGUACCAGUGCUGGUGACUUACAUGAAAUCGAUAUCCUAUCGCGAUGCAUCGUGGCCACUCGCGCCUAUCCAUCUCGUCGAGAGGUCAUCCAGAUUCUACGCCACAAGAAGGAAAUGUGGACUUUAGACGAUGAAGGUCGACUGCUGGUAUGGAUGCCAGAUGAAACUGGCACGCCAAACCUGCAUUAUAGCUAUCAUAGCCCCCACGAACGAGUAGCACGGGGACACACUUUCUCCAUAGUCGUGGAUGAUAAACUCUUGUUGGCGACUGGCAAGGAUGUUCACAUCUAUCGACCGAGCGCCCGAGAUGAUAGUUCAUUCAAACUUUUCAAACGGCCCAUUGGCCAGCAGCACUCGGGUGACGUAACCUCUGGUGCCUAUAGCACUAAGGAUGGCGGCCGAGUUUACUUGGGCCACGCGGACGGCAAAGUAACUGUCUACUCUGCUACCGACUUCUCUUGCUUGGCAGUAGUUAAUGUCAGCGUAUACAAGAUCAACUGUCUUGGUUUUGUUGGUGACUAUUUAUGGGCAGCUUAUAAAACGGGUAUGAUGUACGUCUACGACGUUAGGACCAAUCCGUGGACUGUGAAGAAGGACUGGCGGGCCCAUGACAGUCCUGUUUCUGCGUUUGUGCUAGACACGAGCAGUGUUUGGACGAUGAAUCGUUUGCAAGUAACCUCACUUGGUACUGACAAUUGCAUUCGGCUCUGGGAUGGCAUGCUGGAGGAUGAUUGGCUAGAUGCUCGAAUGGACCACAGAGAUGUAGAGUUUUGCACGUUCAGGGAAGUCAAAACCGUUGUUCUUACAUGGAAUGCUGGUGCUGCUACUCCUGGCAGCGUGCGUACAUCCGAAUUCAUUAAAGAUGCGCUUCGUCCAGACGACCCCCCAGAUAUCGUGGUGUUUGGCUUUCAAGAAUUGGUGGACCUUGAAAACAAGAAGAUUACAGCUAAGAGCUUGUUGCUUGGUAGUAAGAAGAAAGAGAACGGUGAGAAGGAGCACAUGAGCCGGCAAUAUCGAGUCUGGGUAGAUCAUUUGACCCGAACUCUCCAUGAGUGCAUGCCUCUCGAAGAAUCUUAUGUUCUUCUUCACACUUCCAACAUGGUUGGACUCUUUACCUGUAUCUUUGUCAAGCACAAGGAGCGACUCAAUAUCAAGAGCGUUUGCGCAUCUGAGAUUAAGCGGGGAAUGGGUGGAAUGCACGGUAAUAAGGGCGCUCUCAUCUGUCGUUUCGUCCUAGACGAUAGCUCCAUGUGCUUUGUUAACUGCCAUCUUGCCGCCGGUCAAACGCAGACCGCGCACCGUAACAACGAUAUCGCAGCCAUUCUUGAAGCUGAAUGCUUACCUGUGGAGAGCAGUCCCACAGCGCGAUGCGAUCAGUACGCAAGCGGUGGUGACGGUUCCAUGAUCAUGGAUCACGAAGUUUGCAUCCUAAAUGGAGAUCUAAACUACCGAAUCGAUUCCAUCCCCCGCCAUGUCAUCAUCAAUGCCAUCCGCCAAAAUAACCUCACCAAGCUUCUCGAGCGCGACCAGCUCCUAGCUUCCCGACGAAAAAACCCGGGCUUCCGACUCCGCAGCUUCAUCGAAUCACCCAUCACAUUUGCACCAACCUAUAAAUACGACGUCGGCUCCGAUGAAUACGACUCAAGUGAGAAGAAACGCUCUCCCGCCUGGUGCGAUCGCGUUCUCUACCGCGGCUCCGGCCGCGUCAAACAGCUCGACUACCGUCGCCUCGAGGUCCGAGCCUCUGAUCACCGACCCGUCUGUGCGAGCUUCAAGGUUCGUGUGAAGACGGUGCUGUCUCACGAACGGGCCGCGGUUUGGGAGACGUGUCAGCAGGAAUUUCAGGAUGAGAAACGGAGGCUUGCUUCUGAAGCUAGCAUUGAAUAUCUCAUCACUGUCCUCGGCACAGAUGCUCGUCAAGCUCGCGCCUUGAUCUUGGGCACAGGCAAAAAAUAA